AACGCACUUCCUGGAACGCUGAGAGGGAGACGCUCCAAGAGGCUCGUCAGUGUGGGUGAGUAAAAUGACUUGCAUGUGAGAAACAGCUCUGGUGCUCCUGAGGACGCAGCUCGAAGGGAGAGGAGAGGAGGGGGAUUGCGGGUUGCUCUGGAACCUUGGUUUGCUUUCCUCUGAAGCCCAAGUUCUGUGCUACAGACCUUGGAAGGGGUACAUCACCACGUUAGAGAAGGGCCACACUUGGUGACUCCACUUCAGAUGAUUGCUUAGGGAUCCUGGCCCAGAUUCUCUCUCCUGUCUGUUGAGAUGUGCACAUAUUUCUUUUAAGUUGAUUAAAGUUCUUUUAGAACCAUCAGGUACCUCAAAGAUCUGGCUGACAGUACUGCGCAAGCCUGCCUGCCAUGGGCUGUCGGGAUGUCCAUGCAGCCACAGUCCUCUCCGUCCUGUGUGGAAUUGCCUCGGUAGCAGGCCUGUUUGCAGGGACUCUCCUUCCCAACUGGAGAAAAUUACGAUUGAUCACGUUCAACAGAAACGAGAAGAACCUGACCGUUUACACAGGCCUGUGGGUGAAGUGUGCCCGAUACGACGGUAGCAGUGACUGCCUCAUGUACGACGCUACUUGGUACUCAUCAGUUGACCAGCUGGACCUGCGGGUCCUCCAGUUUGCCCUGCCCCUCAGCAUCCUGAUCGCAAUGGGUGGCCUGCUGCUCUGCCUGAUUGGAAUGUGUAACACGGCCUUCAGGUCUUCAGUGCCCAACAUCAAACUGGCCAAGUGUCUGGUCAAUAGUGCAGGCUGCCACUUGGUGGCCGGGCUGCUGUUUUUCCUGGCAGGAACUGUGAGCCUCUCCCCAUCCAUCUGGGUCAUCUUUUAUAACAUCCAUCUGAACAAGAAGUUCGAGCCAGUCUUCACGUUUGACUAUGCAGUUUAUGUCACUAUCGCUAGUGCUGGGGGUCUGUUUAUGACUUCCCUUCUGCUCUUUAUUUGGUAUUGUGCGUGCAAGUCUUUGCCUUCUCCUUUCUGGCAACCACUGUACUCCCAUCCUCCCAGUAUGCAUACUUACUCACAGCCCUAUUCAGCACGCUCCCGCCUUUCUGCCAUUGAAAUUGACAUUCCAGUAGUUUCACACACCACCUAAUGAGGAGGUAGUUAGUUGUUAAGAAAACUUGUAACCUCACAUUUCCCUUGUGCAAGGAGCUGUUUUGGACCUGUAUACAUUUUCCUUUGUUUCUGGCCAGUCAACGAAGCCAAAUUUGUAUAUCCUAGUAGAAUGAAGUGCUGCUAGUUUUUCGAAAAGUACAUUAUUUUAAAUGUGAAUCAUUCCUUUUAUCUUGCUUCUUAUGCUAGAAGGAUUUUUAACCUCCAUAUUGAUAUUGAUCACUUAUUCAAGUGCAAAUGACCUGUAUCUCAAUCGAGGUGAUUUAGGGCAACAUGGUAAAGUAAAAAAUGAUGGCUAAGAGAAGCUGUUGUAUAUGAUCUUUAUGAGUAUUUUAGAAUGUUUAUUGUCCUUUUUCCAUAAUACCUUAAACUGGGAAAAGGGGGCAAUUUCAAAUAUAAGAAAUUUCUUUCAGGUAAGGGUAAUAUUUUAACGGUAGUCAGUCUACCAGCUUAAGGCUGUAACUUUUCCUACUUCUCUCUCGGGGUUGAUUGUAUUGAAUAGAGUUUGGUAUUUUGAAGAUUACUUUCUUUUGUGAGUUCCUUAUCUUCUACCUCAUGCCAGUGUUUAAAAAUAAAAUGCAUUAUAAGUGAUGUCAGAGAGAAUAAGCCUAACAUUUUAAAUGUCUGUUAGUAUGGAUAACAUUUAACAUAAUUUUAAAAGUUAAUGACUCUAUAAAUUGUAUUAUUGGAGUUGAAAAUGUGCCAUGUGAUGGAUUGGUGCUUCCUCUGAGGCAGAAAAACCUUUAUUCCAGAUGUCAUCCACCAAGUGGUACUCAUGCCCGUAUAUAAUCUCUUAGUAACUAAGAGAAAGAAAGAAAGAGGCCCAAGUGGUUUGUUCUCCUUUAGACAGUGGUAGGGAACAAACGUGUUCUUUGUUGACAGUGUCAGAGAUUCACUCUGGUGACUGCCUUUUGAGUGAUGGCUUCCCCAUGACCACAUUCACUCUUGAUUCAGUUCCUGCCCCCAUCACUGAUUAUUUCCUUGAGCAUGUGUCUUUGCCCAACACUUUAGUAGGUGCUAUAGAGGAUAUGUGCAAAGUAUGAGAUCUGGUCCCAUCCACUAAGAAAUUUUAAUUUAUAGAGAAAAUCAAACUGUUAUCUGACAAUUAGGGAACUGUCUGACUUCAUUGGCAGCUAGUCUUAACUUCUCAAUCAUUGAUCCAGGAAUAUAUUUCAACCAGAGAUACUGCCUUCUGGCAGACAGGCUUAUUAUGCAAUACCAGUGAUUCGGGAACCUAGAAAUUCAAUUCAUUGGAUCCUUUAGAGCACCUAUGUUAGCCUAGACACUGUAAUAACACUAUAUCACAUUGAUGAGAAUGGGUGAAAGUGGUAGAGAAAUUGAAUUGUUCCCUUUUCACCUCUGAAAGUAUGAUGUGUUGAAGAGGGAGGAGUAUUUAAAAUCUCUCUUCUAAUGGGGUAGCAUUUAGAUGAAACCGUGUUAACAAUGAGAUGAAUGCUUAGAAAUUCAGGGAUAUUGGGUCUUUACCCUUAUGAAUUUGAGCUGCUUACUUAAUUGUUGUCAGUUGCUACACAUUACUACUAUGUUGAUAAGGAUUUUGUUCUAUUAACCAGUGUAAAUUUCACAAACAGCUAGUUGCAUGAUAAACAGAUUAUUAUGCCUCUUUACAAAUCUGAGUAUGAUUCUGGUACUUCUGUGGAUGUAAGUGGUACUUUUUUUUAAUAAUUCCAACACUAGUUUAUAUAUAUAGCAAAUAAAUCCAGUUAUGUAAUUUUUAAAUGCCAUGAGUAGAAAGCAUGCAAGACUAUGGUUUUUUAGUUAUAGCUUCUAAUUUCCUUCAGUUCCAUUCCUUUUAACUCUUCUUGGAUGUAGCUGAAUCCUGAUCAUUCCAAAACAGUGGCAGGUAGAAAUUUCAGAUUAAUGUUAAUUUCCCCCUUUGUCAAUUAAUUUCAUUUCCCUCUCUCACUAAAUUUGUCCAGAAGUGUCAAGAAUUCCACCAUCACCUUGUUCUUUAUAUAAAAAAUGUUGAAGAAAAG